UCAAAUAUUUGCUAAUCUAUGUGUCCAGAAAUAUGCCCUCUUUGGAAAAACCUGAACGCUAUUUAAAUUUGUAUGCAUGGAACACGCGUUCCUUUUAUUAUUUUACUACUUUUGUAUUUACUGCAACUUUUUUAAAAAGAUUUGUUGCACACUUUUGUAUAAAUAUAAACAAAUUUAAACUAAGCUAUAUAAGCCGGAAGGAAUCUCAGUGGUUGAUAUAUAUUAUACAAAAGUUUUUGGAGCAUUUGUUUAUUUUAGUAAAUUGAAUUUUGUUCUUAAAAUGAAAGUGUUUUUAGUAUUUUUCUACGUUUUUUUGGCAGCAAACGGCAAUCCACUCGAAUCAAAAAGAAAUGAUCGCCUAAAAUCGGUUGCAAGAACUUAUUUAAAUCGAAUCGCAGUAAUGACAAGCAGUAUAAAAGAGUUACGAGAAGCUGUCGGUACUACAUCAGAAAAAUCAAAAGAGAAAAUCAUCAGUUUAAUUGAAUCUGAAGUCGCAAAAUAUCCAAAGAUGGUUGAAAUACGAAAAGAAACAAAUAUGCCUUCAGCAAGAAGAGGCUUCGCCCAUUGCCGUAAAUUUUUUGAAACUCAAAUGCAGAUUUCAAAAGAAAGCUUGGAGGAGAAGCUUACCAAUGCUGUCAAAACACAAUUGAGAAUGAAUGAAAUCACUCUCGAUAGUACCGAAAAAGAUAUCACAAAAAUCGCUAAUAAUUUACAAGGAAGAUAUCUAGACAAUGAACUAGAUCUUUGCCAAACUAACAAUAUUGACGAAGGCAACCUGACAGGAAAGUAUAAAACAGUAAUUAAUCACAGUGAAUUAGUUAUAAGCAACAUACAAAAUAUAACAAAAUUAGUUGUCGAAUUAGCUUACAAAACAAAAAUAACUGAAAAGGGGCUUUCUACAGAGUCGAAGAAUAUCAGUAAAUACCUAUCUCGUAUUGGUUGCAUUGAAAAUCCCGAUGAUGAUAAAUUAUGCGGUAAACAUUAAGUGAUAUCGAACAUUAAAAUCAAUUAUACAUAAAAUAGAUUGUAUUAUAAGCGAACCAUAUGCUUACUGAAAUGUAAAAUAUUAUUUUACUAUUAAAUCCCAUGUAUAGAAUACCAUAAAUUUGAUAAGUUAGACAAAUGACACGUGCUAAUAUUAAAGUAAGAAGACACGUUUUGAAUGAACAGGUGUGUAAAUAUGGACAUAAAAUUUUUGAAUGUGACAUUGAACA